ACACGCUACAACUAUGCUGCCAUUUAAGUUUGGGGUUGUCCUUCAGUCUAGCCAGGGCAUUUUUAAACAUUCGUUAUACAACUCUGGCCACUUUAAGCUCCUUUGGAGGCAUGCAACCGGCAGACUUUUUGGUGUUCGACGUAAACAUUAGUCGUCACUGAUGCGGUGCAUUGUGCUCUAAAUAGUCCUAGGCCACUUCUAUGAAGUAUUUGUCAAAGUGUGGAUAAAGUGUCCACCAAGCUCACUGCAUUUAGCUUAUUUGAAGAACGGGACACCCUUGAAUACUUGCCAUAGGCGCAUGGACGUGCACGUCAAGUAUAGUAGUGUGGACCAAGUCAGAAAAAUGGGACAGAGCCAUAAAACGUAAAUAUAUUUUAAGUGUCGUAAAGUAACGACGCUUGUAGGAAACCAGUUUUGCCAGCUGCUCGUUGUUUGUAGUUUCCACAGUAACAGGGACGCUAACACUGGAUAUCGUUUUAUGAGUUUUACAAAAUGUCAGCCAACAAGAAACGAGACAAACUCAGCAAAGUUGAAAAGAAGAAGUUACAGAAGGAGGAGGACGAGCAGAGACAGAGGGAGGAGGAGGCGGCCCGACUGCUGGCAGAGCAGCAAGAGUUAAAGAGACAGGAAGAGGAGCGCAAGGAGCAGGAGGAACAUCAGAGACUCGAACUGAAGGACCGAGAGCGCAGAGAGGAUGAGCUGAGCGAAUUGCGACACCUGCUGGAUGAAAUGCAGAACGCAGUGGCACGAUGGAAAGACGAGGCCAGCGCAAAAACGAAGUGGGAGCGCUACAUGCAGUGUGAUGGUACUCCGGACCCGUCGAUACCGCAGGAGAUCAACAGUUUCAUCAGCCUCUGGCGCGAGGAUACAGAGGUCCAGAUUGGCUCUGUGCUGGAGAACUGCUCCCUGGCUCAGCGGCUGAUUGAGGAGCUGGAGGACCUGCUGAAUGACACACCUCAGACUGCGGGGAGCAGCAGCGACACACACAGGCACCAGGAGACUAUUCUGUCCCUGCAAGAACUCAUCCACUCCAAGCGCAACCAGGCCACAGAGGAGAUCCUGAAGUGGUCAAGGGCAAACAUGGACAUUGAGACCGGAAACAUGCAGACGGUCAUUCAGGAUGCAGACGCCACCCUGUGUCUUUGGGCUAACCUCAACAAGAACCCAAGGUUUAAAGGAUACCAUUUUCACGAGGCAGGCUUCGGGUUCGAGUUGCCCAAGCAAUUGGCCGUGAGCGACGUGGCCGUGCGGAUCCUGCAUACACGAUUUGACCACCUGUCAUGCCUGAGCGCCGGGGCGCAUCGCAUUAGCCAGGGCUCCAUCAAGUCAGAGGAGUCUCAUCCCUCAACAGGAGAAGUGGGGGAUGAAGACACAGAACAGCAGGGAAACGCAGAGGAGAGCCUAGACCACAAGGAUGAAGACUCUGUCAGAUCUGAGACCAGGAAGAGCUUUGCAAGUGUGGCCUCUGAGAAGGAGGAAAAGAAUGCAAGACAUGAUAAGGAGCCGGAGGAGCAGCGUUGGGGGGAGGGCAGGAGAGACAGUCUGCAGGAGGAUACUGCGAUUGCAGGUGAAAGAGACUCCUAUUCCCCCCCGGAGGCUCCGGUGACGCUGGUGGAGACCGAGGUGGUCGACUUGCAUCAGUACACGCCCCUGGGCGGGGUCUUCUACUUCGAUGCAUUCCGGAUACCACCCCAGUCCCAGCUGGUCAAUGGCUGGGAUAUGAGAGAGCUUUCAGAUACGGGCCUGCAGAGAUUCCCUUACCCUGUGGACGAAUCACAGCUGCACAGUUCCACAUCUAGACCGCUGGAUGAGGGGGGUGCUUUAGUCUCCCCGCCUGUAGGGGUCACAGUCACCGUCCCGAACUCUGUAGUGUUCCCGCAGGACCCCCAGGUUGCCCGCUGGGACGCUGUAGCUUGCCAGUGGACAAGAGAGAGCAUCGGCAUCAUCACGUAUGACACGUCCUUGAAGAAGAUCUCCUUCCAGAUGGACUCGUUCUACCCAUUUGCUCUCCUGCAGGACAUGCACAUCAACAUGCCAUUCCAGGGCUGGGAGCUGCGACCGCUGGGCCUGAACGCUGCGGUUCUGGUGGUCACAGCUGCGGUCACUGAGGUCCACUUCACGGUCAAGGGGCACCGCUGCAUGCUGAGCUCAGCCACGGAGUACGAGCUGCCGCACGUGCUGGGGAGGUGGAUGAGCCCAUCAGCGCUGCAGAAGGCCAUGAGGAGAGCGGGGGUCAAUGUUUUUGUGAGCGAGCACUCGGGGAAGUACGUCAGCAUCAACGCAAAGGAGCCGCUGAUCGAGCAGGCAGCCUACGAGCAGAUGGCGCUGCUCUCCUGCGCCGUGGCCUUCAGCUGGAGCCGCUGGAACUCGCACUGCGGGCGGGAGCAGCUGGUGGUGCAGGCUUGUGAGCAUCUGGAGGCGGGGCCUGUGCCAGAGAAGGCCUGGUCCCUGUACCUGCUUAAUGCGGAGAGGACCUGGCGGCUGCGUAUGAGGGAGCAGAGUGAGAGCUUCUCGACAGCCCUGGACGGGGGCAGCGAGUUCCAUGCCACCUUCCUGCACAUGCUGCGUGACUGCAUGGGGGCACCCGGGCAUGGCCGCGUGCGAGACGCUGACCCCUUCUUUGUGGACUGUGUGCUCCAGCUGCUGAUGGCCACACGGGUGCUCAGCUACUGCUGACUGCUGCCCACCCCCCCAAAAAAACAUGGCUCACUAUCUGUAAAGACCAAAAUCUCAAAAGACCCCAAACUGUUAUACAAAGACAUCUUAGAUCAGUGCUGCCUUGUGAAAGGCAGUACAAGGUAACUACACUGACAACAUUGUUAAAUAAAACAAAAAUAUAUAACAACUUAAAAUUAAGAAUUUUUGUGGAAUAUGAAAUCGAAAACCUAAUGUCUAAUGUUUUGGCUGUUCUCAAAAGUUCCAACUUCAUUCUAACAGUCAUUUUUAUUUAGCAGUGGACAUGAAACUCACACAGAUUGCAAAUGUUUUGAGGGACCACCUGCACAUGUAGGCAGGUAAACGAUAGUGUACUUAUUCAAAACCAAACAUAGCUGAUCAAAGAUUUUGUCACUAGAUAAAACAGCCUAAUGAACCAAAUUUCAGACAACUUAGUUUUGGUAAAAUAUGUAAAGGAAUUUGGCUUUUAUGGCAAGAGCGGUUCUUAAGGUUUUGGACCAAGUAUCAAAGUACCAGACAAACCAAAGCAGGCAAGUAUCACAAUGGUGGAGCAAAAAAAAUAAAAUAAUAAUCACAGUAAAGAAUUACCACAUUCUUCUGGUGUACCACCAGGGGGUGCUCCACGUACCACAGAUGAAACGUCCCACAGUCUGAGAACCACCGACUUCACCAUUCACCCUUUGAAAGCACUGACCCCAUUUCCCUGACUGCAGGGUGUCAACUGCAGGCCAUCGACAGACGAGACAGCAGCAUAGAAUCAGUCGUUUUAUUGUGAAAGUUUCACGUUACCCUUUUCCAGAUGUGUACGAAUUCAUAGUGGUGAACAACACAGCAAGAACAACACACAGUGUCCCAUAAGAACAAAAAUUCCACACAACCAAACAAAAAUGCAAUAAAAUGGUAAAAUGAAAGCUUCACUCAAAAGAAUGUAUUAAAAUGGUCAUUUAUUACCACUUAAAUAUGCACCAAUAAAAAUUUACCUUUUCCGGCAGCUGUGUCUGAACUACUAAAGUGAUUUAAAAAGGCAGCCAUGCAAGGCAACCCAGGUGUCUAAACUGGGCUCAGAAAGAAAAAAAAAGAAAAAAAACAAGUCCUU